GAAGGGGCCAUCCCCAAACUGUUUCUGCAAAGUUGGGAGCAUGAAAUUGUCCAAAAUGUCUUGGUAUGCUGAUGCCUUAAGAGUUCCCUUCACUGGAACUAAGGAGCCAAGCACUGACCCCGCUCUGUCAUUUUACGUGGCCAACCAUUUUGUGGCUGAGUUGCUGUUGUUCCCAGUUGCUUCCAUUUUGUUAUAAUACCACUAACAGUUGACCGUGGAAUAUUUAGUAGCAAGGAAAUUUCAUGGAAGAACUUGCUCAGGUGACAUCCUAUCAUGGUACCACGCUUGAAUUCACUGAGCUCCUGAGAGCGACCCAU